UCUGUAUCUCAGUAUCUGUAUCUUUCGGAAUGUAUUUGCCGGCACGCUUAAGUCUGCUCUGUGUGUUAUUCGCACUCGUCGCCGGUCAGCGAAGCAAAGCAAAGCAGUCAGAUCGUCCACAGGGACGCACUCUGGGAUUACUCUCGCCGCUGCUCUUCGGCACAGCUGGGCCCUUAUUCGAUGUGCCCAUUGCACCCGUUGGAGGAGGCAGCGUUGCUGGCAGUGGAACUGGAGGUGGCAGUGGCACACAGUCGGAUCAGUUUUAUGGUGGCGGCGGAGCAGGCGGCUACCCGAACAAUGGUUAUGGCAAUGGCUAUGGCAACGUCUACGGUUAUAGACCAGGCUAUAGCUAUGGAUAUCCAGCCCUAGGCUUAGGCUAUCCGGGUCUUGCUCAAGGCUUCUUUGGAUACCCUGGCUAUGGGUAUUACAGGCCCGCUUAUAACUAUUACAACUACCAGCGACCAGUGCAGUAUCCACAAAACUAUUAUGGAUCAAGGCCCAACUAUGGCAACUACAAUAACUUGGCGAGUGCAGUGCCCGCAGCCAGUGCCUCACAGACUGCUGCUGUUGCACCUGCCGCAGCUGCCGGAGCAGGCUCACAACUCAAUACCGCUCAGGCAGCUCAGUUAGCUGGACUUUUGGGACAGGCACUUGGCAGCAGCCUGCGUCCUUUGGUGGCCAACGGUGGCGCAGGAGCUGCUGCGACUGGAGCUGGAGCUGGCGUCAAUCCACAAGCCUUGAGUAGUUUGUUGGGUUUGCUUGGCUAGUAUUAUAAAACAAUGACGAAUCUUAUGCCAAAACUUCGCUUAAUGCUGCCGAGACGAGUGUUACUAGUUAGUCAUAGGAAUAACAAAGUAUUUAUAAUUUAAGCAUUGUUAAACUAAUUUUAA